CACCCCUGUCUCUAGGAGCCCCUAGGAGCCCUGCUUAGUUGAUUCUGUGGGCUAUGUUUUCAUUGUGUCCUCUACUCUUCCUUCUCCUCCUCUUCCACAGGAUUCCCUGAUCUCUGCCUAAUGUUUGGCUGUGAGUGUCUAUAUCUCCUCCCAUUGGAUGCUGGAUGACAUCUUUCUUUUGAUGAUUGCUUAGACUAGGCUCUAGUCUAUGAGGAUAGCAGAAUAUCAUUAGGAAUCUCUCAAGGAGGUUUGUCUCUAGAUACAAUAUUUUUAAAUAUUUUAUAACAAUCCUGUGAUAGUUAAAAUUCAUAAUUCGAAAUGGCUUAGUUUUUAAGAUUGCCCUUAUGUCACUUAGCAUGUUUUCAUUUGCAAUUACUUGUACUUUUAGGUGUGAGGACAUGGAUGUCGUUCUAUAAGUGGGCUCUACAAUAACAGGCAGAAUUGAGGGGGCAUUCUUUUUUUCACAUGUACUGGUUAACAUUAAAUAAAAUUUAAAUGUAGUGAUUUAAAUUGAUAUCUGUAAAGCAUAAAUGAACCAGCAAAUCUUUUAGUGUACAAGAUGAAUAUCUUGAGGGAGCUUAAUGUAGUUACUUUGUGCUUACACAUUUUGAGAAAACAUUAGCAUAUGAGUCUUUCUGGUCUGUGCCUUUUAAAAUGUUUUAUCUAUUUUUCUUUGCUUAGAAGCCUACAAAUAAAUUUUUAUUCCAACAUACUUCAUGUGUGUCUGUAAAUUAUUUUUUUUUAUUUUCAAACACUCUCUUUCUUGCCCUUGAAUUACUUAUUUUAUUUUAGAAGUCUUGACUAAAUUCAGGUAGCCAAAUUGUACAGCAACUUAAGCCACAGUGCAAGUUUUCAAUGCUAGAUGUAUUUGCAAAUGUUAUUCAUCCUCUUAAAUAAGAUGUUCUAGUCAAGCUCUAUGCCAGUUACAUACAGAAGCUCUAGUGCCAGGGCUUUCCCAAAGCACACAGAGACCAGUUGGAAGCAGAAGGUGCUUAGGACUACGAUCCUCCGGCUCCUUGUCUCUCAUAAUUGAACUGUAGAAGCAAAACCUUCUGGUUUCAUGGCCAAAUACUUAAUAUCUAAUUUGGUAUAUGAAGAUAGAAAUAUCAGAAUGACUAAUUGUGAAUGGUGGGUGCUAUUCUUGCCAAUAGAAUCCAGUAUAGCUAUAAUCUAAAUGUUUGGUGCAGUAAAAACUGGAGUAGUACCAAAUCAUAUAUUAAGUGUGAUAGCAUUGGGGUCUUUUUUAGGGAGAAAGUCAUAUAGUCAAAUAAUCAUGGGAAAGGCUAAUAUAUAUAGUUAAAAUAGUUCCUUUUCAAACUUUUAAAUGCUUAUACUAUAUAAAUAUUUAUGUGGAGCCAGAAGGAAUGGUUAUGUAUUGGGUUUGCUACUUCUAUAAGGAACAUUAUUGUUAAUUCGUUCCACAUAAUGCACUUUUGGGAAAAAUUAAGUAGUACAUUCUGGUAUUCUUGGCAGUUUAUGUUUAUUGUGGGUUCCUAAUUGGCAGUUCUCAGACACUGAGAUUUAACAAAGCAAGCAGGUAUUUUAAAAUUUACAAAUUAUUAUUUAUUUAAUGUUUUUUCUAUAUCUCAGGAUACUCUUAAGAGUUGUCUCUUUUACUUCAAAACAUUUACUGAUUUUGGCAAAAUCUUCUAAGCAUCUUUUAAGGAUAAUUUAGUUUUGGAGCUAGAGAGAUAGCUCUGUAGUUAGAACACAGGCUGCUUGGCCCAGGGAGUGGCACUAUUAUAGGAUGUGGCCCUGUUGGAGUAGGUGUGUCAGUGGGUAUGGGAUUUAAGGCCCACACCCUAGCUGCCUGGAAGCCAGUCUUCUUCCAGCAGCCUUCAGAGGAAGAUAGCGAACUUUCAGCUCCUCCUGCACCAUGCCUGCCUGGAUGCUGCCAUGCUUCCCGCCAUGAUGAUAAUGGACUGAACCUCUCAACCUGUAAGCCAGCCUCAAUUAAACGUUGUCCUUUGUGAGAGUUGCCUUGGUCGUGGUAUCUGUUCACAGCAAUGGAAACUGAGUAAUUAAGACAGAAGUGAAAUAAAACCCUGUUCAUACCAUCAUAUACUUCUUCCUUUUUGUCUCUUAUACUUUAGCCAGAACUUUUCCUUAUACUGUAAUAUUUUUUUCUUUUCUGAUAUAGAAAGUAGUUCUUGAAUAAGAAUUUAUCUCUUCUGGGUAAUAAUAUUGAUUUUAGGUACUUCCUCUAUUUGGUGGUUCUUUUUGCUGGAUAUUGCUGUUUGCAACAAAACUCUCAUACCUAUGAAAUCUCUAAAUAAUAAAGAGAAUUUUCUAUUCCUAAAUAAACUUUCCACAGAAACCAUUUUCUUCUCUUUCAUAUGUUACUUCAAAAUUUAAGAUUGUCAUAGUUUCUUAAGGAAAAUCACAGUGAUUCAUAGCAAACACCUAGAAUAUUUCUCUUAAACUAUUCAAAGAUCUAAGAUUAACGUUUCAAUUAAAUUGGGCAAGAGGCUGAAUCAGGUGUGAGUUUUAGGCCACCCUGUUUCUAGGUCAGCCAGUGCUGCAUAGUGAGACCCAGUUUGACAAAAUCAAAUAUAUAUAAUUAACACUUAUGAAUUGUCCUAAGAAAUGUAAUUGUCAUCAUUGUUUGUUUAUUGUGGAUAGGGAUUAAGGCAAGGAACAGAGAAAUUUUCUAAGAUGAAGAAAGAAUACAAUACUGUGCCAAGAUACUAAUAUUUGAAAAAUAUGCUCAAAUUGACAUUACCAAGACAGAUUAGGAUUUUUAGAGAAAAGUAGUAGACAGACAUGAAGUGCCACAGUAUCAGACGCCAAUCCACUAGAGUGCUGUUUCUAAACUAACUCUUUAAGGUCCUCUAAUACUUCUUGCCACCUCCCACAGAAGUACAUAAACUCCUCAACCAAAGUUGGCUUUCAUCCUAAAUUCCAGGAAACUUUGCAAGGAUUACAGGGAUCGGUACAACUUCUUAAUGCUCUGCAGUCUUCUCUCUGCAAUUUAGCUGCUUUCUGUUAGAAAAUUUCAAGUCAGUCUGCAGAUGGCCUCAUCUUUUUCUAACACCUCUGAGUGUGCUGGAGAAGAGAAACGAGUUGGUACACGCACAGUAUUUGUUGGCAAUCAUCCCAUUUCAGGAACAGAAGCUUACAUUGCACAGAGAUUUUGUGAUAAUAGAAUAGUCUCAUCUAAGUAUACACUUUGGAAUUUCCUACCAAAGAAUUUGUUUGAACAGUUUAGAAGAAUUGCGAAUUUUUAUUUUCUCAUCAUUUUCCUUGUACAGGUCACAGUAGACACACCAACCAGCCCAGUUACCAGUGGACUUCCACUUUUCUUCGUUAUAACUGUUACAGCAAUCAAGCAGGGAUAUGAAGAUUGGCUUAGACACAGAGCUGAUAAUGAAGUUAACAAAAGUACUGUUUAUAUUAUUGAAAAUGCAAAACGAGUAAGAAAAGAAAGCGAAAAAAUCAAGGUUGGUGAUGUAGUAGAAGUACAGGCAGAUGAAACCUUUCCCUGUGAUCUUAUUCUUCUGUCAUCCUGCACAACUGAUGGAACCUGUUAUGUCACUACAGCCAGUCUUGAUGGCGAAUCCAAUUGCAAGACACAUUAUGCAGUGCGAGAUACCAUUGAAUUGUGUACAGCCGAAUCCAUUGAUAAUCUCCGAGCAGCCAUUGAAUGUGAGCAGCCGCAACCUGACCUCUACAAGUUUGUUGGGCGAAUCAGUAUCUAUAGUAAUAGUAUUGAGGCUGUUGCCAGGUCUUUGGGACCUGAAAAUCUUUUGCUGAAAGGAGCCACACUUAAAAAUACCAAGAAGAUAUAUGGAGUUGCUGUUUACACUGGGAUGGAAACCAAAAUGGCUUUGAAUUACCAAGGGAAAUCUCAGAAACGUUCUGCUGUUGAAAAAUCUAUUAAUGCCUUCUUGAUUGUUUAUUUAUUUAUCUUACUGACCAAAGCUGCAGUAUGCACAACUCUAAAGUAUGUUUGGCAAAGUACCCCCUACAAUGAUGAGCCUUGGUAUAACCAAAAGACUCAGAAGGAACGGGAAACUUUUAAGGUUUUGAAAAUGUUCACUGACUUUUUAUCAUUCAUGGUUCUCUUCAACUUCAUUAUACCUGUCUCCAUGUAUGUCACAGUAGAAAUGCAGAAAUUUUUAGGGUCAUUCUUUAUUUCAUGGGACAAAGACUUUUUUGAUGAAGAAAUUAAUGAAGGAGCCUUGGUUAACACAUCAGACCUUAAUGAAGAACUUGGUCAGGUGGACUAUGUAUUUACAGAUAAGACUGGAACACUCACUGAAAAUAGCAUGGAAUUCAUUGAAUGCUGCAUAGAUGGGCACAAGUAUAAAGGCACAACUCAGGAAGUUGAUGGAUUAUCUCAGAUUGAUGGGCCCUUAGCCUAUUUUGAUAAAGCAGAUAAGAACCGGGAGGAGCUCUUUCUCCGUGCCCUGUGCUUAUGUCACACUGUAGAAAUUAAAACAAAUGAUGCAGUGGAUGGACCUAUAGAAGGAGCACAGUUCACGUAUAUCUCUUCCUCACCAGAUGAAAUAGCUUUGGUGAAAGGAGCUCAAAAGUUUGGGUUCACAUUUUUGGGAAAUUGGAAUGGACAUAUCAGAGUAGAGAACCAAAGAAAAGAAAUAGAAGAGUAUGAACUUCUCCACACCUUAAAUUUUGAUUCUGUCCGCCGACGUAUGAGUGUAAUUGUAAGGACCCAAGGAGGAGAUAUACUACUUUUCUGUAAAGGAGCAGAUUCAUCCAUUUUUCCCAGGGUGCAUAGCCAUGAAAUUGAUUUAACCAAGGUCCAUGUGGAGCGUAAUGCAAUGGAUGGGUAUCGGACUCUUUGUGUAGCCUUCAAAGAAAUUCCCCCAGAUGAUUUUGAAAGAAUCAAUGUACAACUGAUAGAGGCUAAAAUGGCCCUACAAGAUAGAGAAGAAAAACUGGAGAAGAUUUUUGAUGUGAUUGAGACUAACAUGAAUUUAAUUGGAGCCACCGCUGUGGAAGACAAGCUACAAGAUCAGGCUGCAGAGACCAUUGAAGCUCUCCAUGCAGCUGGCUUAAAAGUCUGGGUGCUUACUGGGGACAAGAUGGAAACUGCCAAGUCUACUUGUUAUGCCUGCCGCCUUUUCCAAACCAAUACUGAGCUCUUGGAACUGACUACAAAAACCAUUGAAGAAAGCGAAAGGAAGGAAGAUCGAUUGCAUGAACUGUUAAUAGAAUAUCGUAAGAAAUUGCUACAUGAGUUUCCUAAAAGCACUAGAAGCCUUAAAAAAGCAUGGACAGAACAUCAGGAAUAUGGAUUAAUCAUUGAUGGCUCCACAUUGUCACUUAUACUAAAUUCUAGUCAAGAUUGUAGUUCAAACAACUAUAAAAGCAUUUUUCUACAAAUCUGUAUGAAAUGCACUGCAGUGCUCUGCUGCCGGAUGGCACCAUUACAAAAAGCCCAGAUUGUGAGAAUGGUGAAGAACUUGAAAGGCAGCCCCAUAACACUGUCAAUAGGUGAUGGUGCCAAUGAUGUCAGUAUGAUUUUGGAAUCCCAUGUGGGAAUAGGUAUUAAAGGAAAAGAAGGUCGUCAAGCAGCCAGGAAUAGUGAUUAUUCUGUUCCAAAGUUUAAACAUUUAAAGAAACUGCUAUUGGCUCAUGGACAUCUAUACUAUGUGAGAAUAGCACAUCUUGUACAAUAUUUCUUCUACAAGAACCUUUGUUUCAUUUUGCCACAGUUUUUGUACCAAUUCUUCUGUGGAUUCUCACAACAGCCACUCUAUGAUGCUGCUUAUCUUACAAUGUAUAAUAUCUGUUUCACAUCCCUGCCCAUCCUGGCUUACAGUCUACUGGAACAGCACAUCAACAUUGAUGCUCUGACUGCAGACCCUCGAUUGUAUAUGAAAAUUACUGGCAAUGCUAUGUUACAGUUGGGGCCCUUCUUAUAUUGGACAUUUCUGGCUGCAUUUGAAGGGACAGUGUUCUUCUUUGGGACUUAUUUCCUUUUUCAGACUACAUCCUUAGAAGACAAUGGAAAGAUUUAUGGAAAUUGGACAUUUGGAACCAUUGUUUUUACAGUCUUAGUAUUCACUGUAACUCUGAAGCUCGCCUUGGAUACCCGAUUCUGGACAUGGAUAAAUCAUUUUGUGAUUUGGGGUUCUCUGGCCUUUUAUGUUUUUUUCUCAUUCUUCUGGGGAGGAAUUAUUUGGCCUUUUCUGAAACAACAGAGAAUGUAUUUUGUGUUUGCUCAAAUGCUCUCUUCUGUAUCUACAUGGUUGGCUAUAAUUCUUUUAAUAUUUAUCAGCCUUUUCCCCGAGAUUCUCCUAAUAGUAGUAAAGAAUGUGCGAAGAAGGAGUGCCAGGAGAAAUCUGAGCUGUAGAAGGGCAUCUGACUCAUUAUCCGCCAGACCUUCAGUCAGACCUCUUCUUUUACGAACAUUCUCAGACGAAUCUAAUAUAUUGUAACAGAAUCCGAAUCUUGAACUGCCUAUGUUAUUGUCCUACAAGCAUAUUGACCGUGGUUGCAGCUAAAGAAAGAAAGCAUGAAGGAAGAGCUACAGAAGAUAUUAACUCAGGAUACUCAAUGUGAAACAGAAACCACUCUCAUGUGUAGGCUUCAGAAUAAAUGGUCAUUAAAGUACCAAAUAACUAUCUUAACCAUUUACAGUUAUUGUAAGUGGCCAUCAUGGCCAAAGUUAGAGAAUUAUAUGAAAGUUUAAAGUAAGCAUACUUAGAAUUCUGGAUUUACAUAGAAUACCGUAACUACGAAGUGGGUGCUCUUUUAACCCGUCAACUUUGGAUGGAUUUAAAUAGUAGUAUAAAGUAGAAGCCAUGCAAUGGGAAUGAGCAGAUUUUGCUAUAACAGUGUUACUUUUUCCUGGCAGAAGACAUAGACUGUUUGUACCACAUUUCUCAUUCCUGCUGAAUGAUUAUCUUUUUCCCCCCACACACAAAAGGAAUACUUGAAAAUACAGGACUCCAAUUAUAUUACUGCAUCAGAUAAAAUAGAUCAUCUUCUUUUCAAUCAUAGGCUAAUUGUCUUGUUCUAAGAUCCUUUCCCAAAAGUACCUUGCAUAUUUGUAUGAUACUGUUAAUCUGGGUAUUAUUGUAGAAACAGGGGUGGAAAGGUUAUUUGGUGUGUUUUCUUCUGAAUUACACACCACUUACAUAUUUAAGACUACUAAACUUGAAAAUAAAAUAUUUCAGUCUCUUGGUGACAGCCCCUCAAAACAGUUAAGUAGUAGAACGAUUUCUAAGGUCAGUUUUGCUGGGUAAUGCAAUAAGGUAUGUUAAAUAUUUAUAUAAAAAUUAAUGCCAUUCUUAACAUCACCAUUUUAUAAUUUUAUGUGGCAAAGAUGAGAAGAAUAGCUCAUUUUCAACUACUAACGGUUUUUAUUUGAAAGAGAUUGUUUUUGUGCAUAUUUAUAGCACUUUUUUUGAAGUUACCAAUUUGGAAAGAGGAGAUCUCUUCCAAAGCCCUGUAGAGCCACAACUCUUUGGAAAUGAAUGUUGUUUCCUAUUGCUAAGGGGGUCGGGGAAAUGGUCUAAUCUUAAACUGUGUGGUUAACCUUGGUAAGAAAUAGGUUUUAGCCCCUCAUAAGUUAUUGUAAAACAUGAAAGAAGUGUGAAAUGCCUUUACUUGAUAGAAGGACCACAUUUGUCAGUUAGGCUAAAAUGGUAUCUAGAAAAUAUUUUUCUAUCAGUUCCCUUUUUUGUCUUUCUGAUAUGCCUGUACUAUUUAAUGUUUAUAUUGUAUCUUUAUUUAGAAAUAUAUUAGAAUCAUUGUCUUCCAGUGUAUUUAUAGAGUCCAUGUGGCACAUUUGAUUCUUCCAUAAAUUUGUGUGGAUGUUAAGGUGUAAUUUUUCUUAAAUUCUAAAAAGGCCAUAAUUUCAGUUAUCAAAAACCAUUCCAUAAUUACUUAAUUUAACUUGUUCUCAUCUAUCAGUAUUACUUUUGUUUAUUUUGUUAGGUGUAAAUCACAGCUUAAUGUGCUGUGUGCGCUCCUGUAGCCUAUAUGGAGGUAAUCCGCUGAAAGCAAAGGCUUUCUGUUCUUGGCCUAUCCAAAGAGCUCAAACAUCUAACCUAGGAAAGCUUUGCUCUUUUCUUAUUGUUGUCAUUGUUGAUGCUGCUGUAUUACUUUACAUCAGAACUAUAAGGACUGUGAAUAAAUAGAAGAGCCAAAUAGAGAGGCUCAGUUAAUGCAGAAUGAUUGAGGAGUUGAUAAAAUCAGGAUAUUUAGGGCAGUAGAACUAAGACUGGAUCUGUGUGACUUGUUGCAGCAGAAAGCAAUCUAGAUGAGCAAGUGAGGGCAUUUAGAGUCAUGCCUCAGUUAAUCAUUGCAUUGCACACUGCACUUCAGAUCGGAGGAACCUGGCUUUGCUUUUUAAAGAUUCUGAUUAGUGAUCUAAAACAUGCCUAGCAUAGGGUUAGCAGAUGAAGUAAUUGGAAAUGAGCCAUCCAGCAUUCCUAGCACUAUAUUUUAACUACUCUUAUGUCAGAAGAUGGCAAGAAAUCUAACAGUAGGACCGUAUUGCUAUGAUUUGAAUAAUAAUUUUUGAGCUGUCAAAAUGUCUGUAAUUUUCCAAAUUGUUGUCUAUUGUUUAAGGAUGUUGCCUAUUAAACAAAAAAAUAUCCAUUCCAUAUCUACUACAUAUACACCAGCAACAGUAUAAAUGUAAGCCUAAAUUUGCAAAAGUCAUAAUUUAGUGGUGGAAUUUUUUAAUAACAUGCAGUAUAUAAAGUGCAGAUUUUAUGCAAAUGUUGAUAAAAUCAUUUUUCAGCUUAUAAAAUGGAACUGCGAUAUUACAUUUUUCACUUAAGCAGUUUUUUACAUCUACUUUGUUGCUUUCUAAAAUGAACAUGAAUGCCAUCUUUUAUGAAUGCAACUUGCCUUUUUCAUUACAGAAAUUUUUCUUUGAUGUAAUCAAUAAACUUUGGUAUGAUACAA